UUAGGUGAGGGUGGUGAGGUGGGUACGGGCUUAUAUGGAAUGAGCGAGAAAAGACAUAGUUAGAACUACUUGAAAGAGUGGCUGUUUGAGGGUUUUAUUUCCUUCGGCCGACGGAGCUGAAGUAGGGUGUCAGAUUUCAAGACGGAGGCAGCGGCCUUUUUGUGCUAGCAAACGGCUCAGUGUUGGUCGCAUUAACAGGUUGUCCCAGUCGGCGAUGAGCUAGGGGGCCGGCGGCCAUGUCCGGUCAGGGAGCGGGCCGCGGUUCGCUUGAGUCUCAGGACAGCUCGGCCAGCCGCUCGUCCGACGAGCCGGCCGACGACACGCUGGCGCGCGCCCUGGCGGCCGGCACCGCCGCCCAGCUGCUGGACGACGCCGACCUGCCCACCUCCAUCCACGUGUGCAACCUGCCGCUCGACGCGUUCGAGGACGAGGCGAUUAAGGCCAGUUUCGAAGACACAUUCAUGGCCUUCGACGACGAGGCGUGGUUCCAGUACUUCCCCAGCUUUCGUCGGGCGCGAGUCAACUAUAGCACCCCGAAGGCAGCAGCCAGCGCGCGUAUCCACCUGCACGAGACAAGCAUCUGCGGCGCCACGAUCAAGUGCUACUUCAUCCAGCCUCAGUCGUCGCGCGACGAGCUGGAUGACGGCACGCUGCACCCGCCCAUGCCGGACAAGCAGUUCCUGAUUUCGCCGCCCGCCUCGCCGCCGGUCGGCUGGGAGCCGGUGCGCGAGGCCGAGCCCACCGUCAACUUCGACCUGCUGCGAGCCGUCACCGAGAUGGCGCCCGGCGAGAGCCACGAGCUACAUGACGGGCGCGACCAGCAGCCGAGCAUCGUGGUGCACGUGGCCGAGGAGAGCGAGACGGACCGCGACGCGGGACAGCCGCGCAUGCGCAUCACCCAGACCCGCUGCCCGUCGCGGUAGACUGCGCCGCCGGCCGCCGCCGCCGCGGAGGUCACGGCCGGGGCGCCCAGAGCGGCGCGGGCCCGAGCCGGCUGGUCGCGCCGACUCGGGACACGAAGCUUAUCACUGGACCCCCGCCUGUAACUUUGUUGAUGUGUUCGAGCGUUGAGGUUUCGUUUGUUGUGGAUAGGACUGUGUCGGAUGGCUAAUCGCCGCGUGAUCAAAACCAAAUGGCGCGUGACUACUAGCAUUGGAGAAGCCGCAUGGUGCUGCCCGCUUCGCCGAGAGAUGGCGCGGCAUUGUAUUGUUUCGGCGCUCGUUGUUGCUCGCUGUGCAUGUAACUGGGCCUGUGAUUUUAGUUGCAGUAGAGCUUAUGUUGUCGGUGGAAUAGUUCAAGAAGCAGAUCACGCUGACGGUAAUGCUGCAUAGACGUCCGAGGUCUCCACUUCCAGAUGUAUCGCGUCUUCAACACGGCUUGCAAGUUAUCCUAUGUCUGUUGUAAGCGACGGGCCGGUGUCGGAGCAGUUUAUGCAUCCUGUCCUCCCUAUGCUGUCACGCAUUAUCAUCUGUCGAAACACGUGGUUCUUACGAUUAAAGGUGUUCUCAUGGUGA